UGUAUUAGAGGUUGGUUUAGUAGCUAUUCAAAUGUUUCUGUAGAGAUCUUCCAUUAGAAACGCGGGCGGGUUGCCUUUGGAGUGUUCCGGGAACCGGCAGAAAAUUUCACAGGGAUUUUGUAAAUGUUUUCAGCAGGAGUUGGUCUUACAGUCAGUUUCAUCACUGAUGUUCAAAUGUUGCCAGACUUCUUGACCGAAGGCUUUUAAAGAUUGUAUGUGUCUCUUCUGGGACGCAGCAGGAGACAGCUGCCACUACAGCUUCUAAAUUCAUUGUGCGUGAAGUCACGACCAGGACAGUUAGAGAACCACACUAUCGUCAUAGUGUACAGUCAAAUUGUUUUCACAAAUGCGCUUAAACCUCUAAAUUAUGUUCCUAGUUUGUGUUCCUUUUUUUCAUCUUUUUUCUAUUUUUUUCCCCUGACUACCAAGAGGUCACCAGUUGUGCAGCCCACAUGCCUUCCUUCCUGUCUCAGCCCCUUUCUCUCUGAUCACAUGUGAAAUGUUCCUCUGGCAGAUUGAGCUUAGAAUGACCUCAUGAGGUUCUGUUUUAUUGUUUUAAUACGUACGCUUGAAAGUUUUGGGGCAAGUAACUCUGGAAAAGAGUCAUAAACAAAAGCGGGAGCUUACGGACAGAAGCAGAGAGGGACUCCUAGGAUAGACAGAGCUCAAUAAUACUUGAGAAUGAGAGUUCGUCGUGGGAGGAACAGCAAUCUGGAUGAUAACACACCGACCUCCCAGAACAGACUGCCUAUGGGUAACUUUGGGGCCAAAGACAAUCUACAGGAUUAUAAGAGUGGGCAGGGGAACACGGAGAGGUGCCUAAAGCUUUCAUGGUGUCACAUUCCGGUGCAAAGCUGUUGGCUGGCUGUUGUCAUAGCAGCAGGUUUGCUGUUGGCAGGGGUUAUUGGGCUGUUUCAUGCAUGGUGUGUUUAUUCUAUACACGAGAAUCUGCUGUGGUUUUCACACCUAAAGGAAGUCGAGCGUGAAAUCUCCUUCCGGACAGAAUGUGGCCUUUAUUACUCUUACUACAAACAGAUGUUGAAGGCCCCUUCAAUACAACAAGGUCUUUAUGAGCUUAUGCAUGACAACACUACUGAAUCCAAGAGGACUAUAAACAUCCUUCAGCGUAUGAAUAUCUACCAAGAAGUGGUCCUUAGCAUUUUAUACAGAAUAUUGCACAUCCAGGCCUACUUGGAGCCAAUUUAUUUCUACAUCUACACAGUGUUUGCUUUGCAGACUGUGUAUGUCAUCGCUCUCUUUAUCACGAGCUGGUUACUCAGUAACUCCUGGCUGGCCGGAGCACUCACUGGAGUGUGGUACAUUCUCAACAGAGUAGACACCACUCGAGUGGAGUUUACCAUCUCUCUAAGGGAGAACUGGUCUAUACCUUUCUUGGCUCUGCAGGUAGCAGCAAUAACAUGCUACUUAAGACCACAACUAAAACCUAUUCACCAGAGGGUGGUGCUGUGGCUGGUGUUCGUCGCAACCUUCUGCUUCUGUUUGACGUGGCAGUUCAAUCAGUUUAUCCUGCUGGUGCAGGCCCUUAUAAUAUUUACUCUGGACUGCCUGGACUUCUUCACAGCGGAGCAGGCGGUGUAUCUGUACCUGAUCCAGGUGUUGAGUCUGUUAUUAGUGUGGUUGCUGCAGUUCUGCAAUUCUAUGAUUCUGGGCUCUCUGGUUCUCAGCUUCAUUGUGUCAGCUCUCUUCAUCAGACACUUUCAGACUGGGCUUAAAACCGGUGGCUUUGUUACACGAAUUGGAAAGCUGUCUCUACACACACUCCUAGUCUUCACAUUAACUUUCCUCAUCAAUUAUUCAGCCAAGAGAAUACUUCAGCUGAAGUCGGACGAGCACAUCUUUAAGUUCAUAAAGGUCAAGCUUGGCUUUGGGGCUACAAGAGACUUUGAUGCCAGUCUCUAUUUGUGUGAGGAAGCCUUUGGCUUGUUGCCAUUGGAUACAUUCGAGCGCUUGGCUGGCACAGUUAUGUUGUAUCCGUAUCUGUGCACCCUCAGUGCGCUCUUCAUUCUCUUUCUGCUGGUGGCUCUUUCUAAUCUCAGCUCGAGUGGUUCAGGCCAAAUGAGCAGGGAGAACGAGGAAAAGACCUUUAGGAUGAGGCCAGACGUCGCUUACAAUUUAUUGCACACCAUUUUCUUUGGCCUGCUUGCCUUUUCAACUAUGAGGAUGAAAUAUUUGUGGACUGGCCACAUGUGUGCAUUUGCUGCCUUUGGGGUGUGUGGUAAGGAGGUUUGGACGUUGUAUCUGAGAGUCCUCCAUUGCAACACUAAAACCACGAUGAGACUGAUCAGGUACUCUGUUCCAAUUGUAAUUCUCGCGUUCCUUUAUUACAAGUUUUGGCCCAGACUGAGGGAGGAGGUUUCUGAGCUCAGAGAGUUUUACGACCCAGACACUGUGGAGCUAAUGGAGUGGAUUAGAUUGAAGACGCCAAAGCGGGCAGUGUUUGCCGGCAGUAUGCAGCUGUUGGCGGGGAUUAAGCUGUGUACAGGAAGGGUAUUGACAAACCACCCACACUAUGAAGACCAGGCGCUGAGGGAGAGGACCAGAGAGGUAUAUCAGAUCUAUGCCCGUCAGUCUGCUGAAGAGGUUCAUAAAGUUCUCAGUUCAGUUGGCGCCGACUACGUUGUGCUGGAAGACAGCAUCUGCUACGAGCGCAGGCACAGCCGAGGCUGUAGGCUGAGGGAUCUGCUCGACCUGGCAAACGGACAUAUAAUGGAUGGUUCUGGUGAAAACGACCCGGAUCUCGUUCCAGCAUCUCACCCUCGGUUUUGUGAGGCCAUUAAGACAGACGUACCACCGUAUUCUGCCUUCUUCACACGCGUGUUCAGAAACGAGACCUUUCACGUGUACAAGCUCAAGAAAGCCAAGAAAAAAAAGAAGGCCGAGAGUGGCCCGUAGUUCAAACUCGUUCUUGCAGAGCUGACGCCCAACUGACUGAACGGCCCAUCUGGAAUGUUCAAUGGGUGUGUGAUACUAGCAGGUGUUUGUGUGUGUGUGUGUGCAUGAGACAUUGGAGAGAUGCUUGAUUGAGCCAGCGCACGCUCUGUGAUUUGGUGCGUGUUUGUGUGUGUAAAUCAUGUUCUGAGCCAGUCUGCCGCAACGGGAGUUUAACAUGGAAAGAGUGGAGGGAAAUCUCUUUUGUUCACAGUCUGUCGCACACUCUCUCUCACACAAACGUUCAGUAGGACAGGUCACUCAAUAAUAACAUGUCACUUACUCGUAUGACUUCAGUGAACACAGUAUGAAUUUCAUAUAAAGGGAUAGUUCACCCAAAAAUGAAAAUUCUGUCAUGAAUUACUCGCCCUUUUGAACACACAGAAAGAUAUUUGGAAUAAUGUUAUCAACUGAGAUUUCUGGGGCACCAUUGACUACCAUAUAGUAGAAAUAAUUAUUGUAUGUUUUUUAAAUAUUUUGAAGCGCUUGGGCAAACACACAGUUCUGGGGAACCUUUGACAACCCUUUUAAUGGUAGUCAAUGAUGCCCCAGAUCUCUCAGUUGCCAACAUUCUUCCAAAUAUCUUUCUUUGUGUUCAACUGAGCAUUUUGUGUAUUUUUGUUGGUCAAGAGGUUGCUACUUCACACACAAAUUCAUGGGUUUAAUGUUUUCAAUGGAUUAGUUGAUUUACAAAACCGAUCUGAACGAUUUGUUUACGAACAGAUGGAUCUGGUUUUCAAGUUCAAUUCAUUAAGUUAAUUAUCUGGUUGCAGCAGUUAACAGCUCACUGGAGUGGAAGAUUAUAAAUGAAUCGUUACUUUGAUGUCUCAUGCCGAACUAUAAGAUGACGUAGGAGAAUUUUACAUUUCAUUUUUAAUUUUGGAGCUCACAGCCCCAUGUCCUCGUUCACCUUUAUAAUGCAGAAUGCACAGGAUAUAAAAAAUAAUAAUAACACAACUACGUACACAACCGCAUUCCUCUCACAUUUCCAAACCAGUGAAGUGAAGAAAUGGAGAUGGGGAAAAAUGGUUGUUAGUAAUUGGAAUUCACAAGAGCAGUUUGGGGUAAUUUGGGUCUAUGGCAGUGUUGUCGUUACAUCUGCCAAACCGUUGGCCUGUGUCAACAAAGUUGGACUUUCAAAUUCAGAGCUACAUCCUGCUGUCUGGCAGCUUUUAAUGAGAACACAGUUGCACACGUCCAUGCGUAAAUCAAAACUGCUGCUUUUGAUCCCUCGAACGGUGACAAAUCUGGAGAAUCAACCUUACUUUGGGUGCUACGAAAUUGCCAUUAAUCUUUAUUGUUGGAAUAAAUGGUCAUGCCACUGUGGAUUAUUCUGUUCAGUCUCAUUAUUAGCGUUGGAUUAUAAAUCAUGCGCCUGCCACAUGUUGUGGUAGAGGAAUACCAGUUAAUAAGAACUCAUUUUUGUUGUUUUUGCUGCGAUUUAUAAUAUAUAUUAGUAAUGUGUUUUAGGUGUGUAGUAAGGAGGUUCGCUUUAGCAUAAUAAAGAAUUAGGGGUUAGAGAUGUAAUAAUUUAGACAGAAAUUCUAGAUGAAUGGGAUGAAUACCAGAGCUGCAAAGAUUAGACAUGCAUUCCAGUUUUUGUUUUAUGUCUAAUCGUAUUGAGUGUAGUUAAAUGGAGAUUUUUAAACCGUGUCUUUUUAGCACAGUAUUGAAUCUAUCUUCAAAGAAUCGACAGGCCUGUAGUAUACAGUAUGAAAGUGCCUUGCCAUUUUCAAAUAAGCUCUGUUGAACGAAAACACUGUCAUUGAGCUGUUGGACUAAAGAGUCACCCAUUGAAAAGACCUUCGGAACGGCUUCAAUCUCUACUGAAAUGUACCAAGUUUCGAUCUUUCCGUUUUUUCUUGAUGUGGGCUGAAUAUCUCUGUACAGAUGUGCACUGGGUUGUGCAAAACAAUUUCACAUUGCUUUAUAGAUAAACUGUAGCUAGAGGGCUUGAUGGCAUUCUGUGAUUGUAUUAUAAUAUGGUGAAACAGCUAUAUUACAUGUCAAACUGUUUAUAUUUAACUCUUGGCUUUGCACAGUGUCUCCGUCACAACACUUUGUUACUCAGCAGAUGAUCAUGGAGCGUUAUGAAUUAAUAUGUUGACAUUGUUUAACUGUAAGGUUUCGGUAAGUUCAUUCAGUGUUAUGUUAAACUAGUUUGUUACUGUGGUAUUCAUGCAAAAGAAUUCUAGUUAAAUUUGUUCUUUGUCCCUAAUUUCCAUGUGCACGUUCUGUGUGUGGUUUCCAUUUUGUAAUAAAAACAGAUUUGUAUGUUGGA